AUGAAACCCAAUGAUCUUCUACAAGAAUUUACUGAUUUUAGGAGAAAACUAAAAGCUGAUAUUUAAAAAACUGAAUUUUCUAAAAGUCCACAAAAAAAUUUCACUAAAACUCAGACUUCACCAUAAAAAUCAAAUUCAGGUUUCAAAUAAAAAAUCAAUUUCUCCAAACACAAAAGUCAUUUACAAGAGAGAUGUAAUACAAUGUCAUCUACAUAAAAACAUAACUAUUUUUCAUAGACUUACAAUCUUUAAUUCUAAUGCAUUACACAUGAUAAACUAAAUUCUUAGGAGCAAAAUACAUUAUCCCUCAAAUCUAAAAAAUAACCAAUUAGCAAAAUAUUGAAUAUAACCGAUAGAAUACUCAGUUAUACAGAAUUACAUAAUUUUUGCUUUACACUUUAACAAAUUUAGGAUGGAGAUAUUAGAGAAUUACCAAAUGAAUAUAAGUAGCUCUUAAAAUAAUUAGCAUAAUUAAUAUAGAAAAAAAUAGGAGCAACGGAUUUCUGA